AUGUCCCUGCCUUUGGCAGGCCUAGUUCAGCAACACGUUCCAGAAGCUUUUGCAAUCCUGGACUUCAACUUGCUGGUGUUCUGCAUAAGCGCAGCACAUUCCAACAGCAUCUCGCGUCUCGCGCUAGCAUUUCCCGACGCUUGGUCUUGGGGAGUCAACUUUGGGACUCUUCCGCUGGGCCAAAGUCUUGUGCUGCAAUGCGCGGACUGUGCCAAGCUUGCUCAUCGCGGGGAGCUGGCCUGUGAUAAUGUUGCUGCUGCUUUUGCUGGUGUAUCAGCCCCUGCUGAGACUGGACGGGGUGCAGAUUUGGGAGGGGACGCUGCGUCUUGGGACGGCUCAGACCUCACAGGUGCAGACGAGGGCGGCGAUGGUUUGGCCGUUGCUGGUGCAGCUGGGCCGGCAACAGUGCCGGUUGGAGGCAUGGCCGGCGUGACCUUUGGAGAGUCUGCCUUUGAGGCCGUCUUUGGUGUUGCCAGUGGGGAUGCCAAUGCGCCGGCAACCGCCGGGCCAUUUGGAGGCGAGGCCUUCGCAGGAGAGUCGGCCUUUUGCACCGGCGUUUCUGGUCUCGCCGGUGGCACGCCGGGAACCGGGCCGGUUGGAGGGGAGGCUUUUGCAGGGGAGUCUGCCUUUGGCGCUGGGGUUUCCGGCCUUACUGUUGGCGGAACGCCAGCGGGGCCGGUCGGCUGUGAGGCCUUUGCAGCAGAGUCUGAGUCCUGCAUCGGCUGCGACGAAACAGGUGCAGCCGAAGGGGGUGAUGUUUUGGUGAUUGGGGGCGAGUUUGUUGAAAGUGCUCCGGCAGUGCUUGGAGCAGUGCUCGUGGGAGGUGAGGCUUUUGGAAGGUCUGGGGAAGCUGGUGAUGCUUUGGCUGUUGGCGCCAGAACUGCUGUGCCGGCGGAGCUGAGGGUGCUCGACGUAGCAGGGGCAGCCCUCGGUAGAUGA